AUGGCGCGGGUGUCGCUGCUGCUGCUGGCGCUGGGCCUCGCCGCCGCCGCCAAGUCCCCGUACCAGCAGGUCCUGCAGCACAGCCGGCUCCGCGGCCGCCAGCACGGCCCCAACGUGUGCGCGGUGCAGAAGCUGAUUGGCACCAACAGGAAAUACUUCACCAACUGCAAGCAGUGGUACCAGAGGAAGAUCUGCGGGAAGUCAACAGUCAUCAGUUACGAGUGCUGUCCUGGAUAUGAAAAAGUUCCUGGAGAAAAAGGCUGCCCAGCUGCCCUGCCUCUUUCCAACAUCUACGAGACCCUGGGGGUGGUUGGUUCUGCCACCACACAGCUCUACUCCGACCGCUCCAACCUGAGGCCGGAAAUCGAAGGGCCGGGAAGUUUUACAAUUUUUGCUCCCAGUAAUGAGGCCUGGGCAUCACUGUCUGCUGAAACUCUGGAUUCCUUGGUCAGUAACGUCAACAUUGAGCUGCUCAACGCCCUGCGCUACCACAUGGUGGACAAACGGGUCCUCACGGAUGACCUGAAACAUGGGACAACACUCAACUCCAUGUACCAGAACCUGCCCAUCCAGAUUCACCACUAUCCCAACGGGAUUGUGACUGUGAACUGUGCCAGGCUGCUCAAAGCUGACCAUCACGCCACCAACGGGGUGGUUCACGUCAUCGACAAGGUCAUCGCUACCACCACAAACACCAUCCAGCAGAUCAUUGAGACUGAGGACAGCCUGGAAACCCUUCGGGUGAGUCAACCCACGGCUGCUCCAGGGCUCCUGGAAGAUGCUCAGUCAUCCCACUCCUGGUGAAUCGUUUUGAAGAGCUUUGCCUGUGUCCAGAGGCUCUGAUUUUUGCAGCUCACUGAGACAUUUUCCUCUCCCACAGACCUGCUGAACCAUCACAUCCUGAAGUCAGCCAUGUGUGCUGAGGCCAUCAUCGCUGGCCUGACCAUGGAGACUCUGGAAGGAACCACCUUGGACGUGGGCUGCAGUGGGGAAGAGCUGACCCUCAACGGGAAGCCCAUCAUUGCCAACAAGGACAUCCUGGCCACCAACGGCGUCGUGCAUUUCGUCAACGAGCUGCUGAUCCCAGACUCGGCUAAGACUCUGUUUGAGUUGGCACAAGAAUCUGAAGUUUCCAAGUCGACAGAGUUUUUCAGACAAGCUGGUCUCAGUUCUCAUCUAACUGGCAGUGAGCGAGUGACCCUCCUUGCCCCAGUGAACGAUGUGUUCAAAGAUGGACUCCCAGUUAUUGACAGCAACAUGAGAAACCUGCUUCUGAACCACAUUGUUAAAGACCAGCUCUCCUCUAAGUAUCUGUAUCAUGGGCAGAAGCUGCAGACUCUGGGGGACAAGGAGCUCAGAGUGUUUGUGUACCGCAAUAACCUUUGCAUUGAAAACGCCUGCAUUGCUGCCCAUGACAAGAGGGGAAGGUUUGGGACCCUGUUCAGUGUGGACAAGAUGUUGACUCCACCAACUGGCUCAGUGAUGGAUGUUCUCAAGGCAGACCAUCGCUUCAGCACCCUGGUGGCUGCAAUCCAGUCUGCAGGGCUGACAGAGAACCUCAACAGGCCGGGGACCUUCACGGUGUUCGCUCCGACGAACGAAGCUUUCCGAGCCCUGCCCCAGGGGGAGCUCAACAAACUCAUGGGUAAUGCCAAGGAACUUGCCAACAUCCUCAAGUUCCACGUGGCCGACGAGAUCCUGGUGAGCGGCGCCGUCAAUGCCCUCGUGAGGCUCAAAUCCAUGCAGGGAGACAAACUGGAAGUCAGCAUGAAAAACAACGUGAUACACAUCAACAAGGAGCCCGUCGCUGAGAGCGAUAUCAUGGCCACAAACGGGGUGAUUUAUGCCCUGAACUCUGUCCUACAGCCACAGGCUUCAAGGCCCCAGGAAAGAGGGGACGAGCCUGCAGACCCCGCACUGGAAAUCUUCAAACAGGCGUCUGCGCUAUCCAAGGUUUCUCAGAGGAAUCCUCGACUAGCUCCCGUCUACUCCCGGCUACUGGCGAGGAUGAAGGAGAACUCGGGGGGGGUCUGAGCCACGUCGUGAGCACCCACACAUCAGGGCCUGCACCCCCCCAGCUCUGGCUGACAGCUAAAGAGAAGGACAGGAUCGUUUUCAAAAACCAAAUAUCACCCUUAAGUUUAUUUUUGUCUCCAGCGAAAUGGAUAGGAAAAGUGGAAAGCCAUAUAUAUAUAUGUAUAUAUAUUUUAAGACCGUUUUUUUAUUUGGUUUUAACUUCAAAGUUCCCAGACUGAGGAAAUGUUUUGGGGUUUUUAAUUUCUGGGGGUUUUGUUGGGGGUUUUUGUUUGUUUUGUUUUGUUUUUUUUAAUAAAAACUAUUCACUACUUUGCAAUUUUAAACAUACCCAGUUUUGGGCUUGUUAAGUACAUCCAAGGGCAGGUGCCUUUUUUUUUUUUAAACAAGCAUGUGCUUCCUUGUUCCCUUGGGUUUUAAAAGUCUUCCAUGAAAUUCUGAACUGAAGGCUUUUAACAAAAGCCUCUCUAUGGACAAUGAGAAAAUUGCAUAGCUAUAAACUAUGGUUUGAAACAUUCUCUUUUUUUAAACCUUUUUUUUUAAAGCCUCUGGGUAAUAACUGUGCUGCCUUUUGUUCACGAGAUUGAAAUGAGAGUUCUCCCUGGCUGAAGCCUUCCAGUAAAUGGUUCGUUUUUGAUAAUGGUUGUUUUUUAAUAAAAAUUAAAAAUAAAAUCAAAAAUAUAAAUACGAGAAGCGA